GGAAGAUGAAGUUGAGAUGGAUCAGCUGAACGUAAACACAGAUGGAUGGGAGAUUGCAGCUGACCGCCUGAACCUUCGUGAGCAUAUUGGCAAAGGGGCAUUUGGUUCAGUGUGGCGAGCGCUACUGGGUCGUUCCCGUGGCAGACCUGGAAAUCGCACAGUUGCUGUCAAGUGCUACCUACCAAUCUCCGGAGAGAAAGGAAGGAAGGCCCUGCUGAGAGAGAUCGAGUUAUUAAAACUCUUUGGAAGGGAGGGCCAUGAAAAUGUUGUUAAGUUCAUUGGUUGUGUUACAGUUGGAGCUCAGCCAAUACUUAUUAUGGAGUACCUGUGGCGAGGUGACUUGCUGGGCUAUCUCAGAAAAUCCAGGGGGGUUUUCGACCAAUAUCAUCAUGGGGUCGGAGGGGUCGACCACUUGACAACGUAUGACAUGGUGCUGUUUGCUAAACAGAUCGCACAUGGUAUGACUUUCCUCGCGUCCAGAGGGGUAAUUCAUCGCGAUCUUGCAGCUCGUAACAUCCUUCUUGAUGAGCAUCGUGUCUGCAAGUUGACUGACUUUGGGCUCUGUUAUCAGGAUUUCAAAUACGGCCCAGGAAAUGCCAAGAGGGGAUGUAUCCCAAUCAAAUGGACUGCACCCGAGAUUCUCUUUGGACAUGUGGAACAGCUGUCAACCAAAAGCGAUGUGUGGUCCUACGGCAUCGUCUUGUAUGAAAUCUUCACUGUCGGAGGCAUUCCUUACGAUGGAUGGUCUCAAUCCACGACAAUGAAAAAAAUCGAAGAAGGUUAUCGUCUGCCAAAGCCUGAACAUAUCGACGACAGUUUAUACGCGGUGAUGUUAAACUGCUGGAAAUACGAAAGCGCCAGCCGGCCACACUUUGUGAAGCUCUACCAAACAAUGGAUACAUAUAUUAAAACAAAGACAUAUGUAGAUAUCUUUGACGAUGACAAGUAUGAUCAGGAUAAGUACAACUUUGUCGAUGACCGUGGAGCUGUUGCAAACCCAGAAGAUGCAGGACCGGACGAGCUAGGAGCAGCUGCAGCAAAUCCCAUCGGUGAAGUGGGUGAACACGGUGCUACGGCACAUCCCUUUCUGGUUGCAGUGGACGAUGAUGCUACAGCUUUCCCUCUUGGAAUUAACGUAGGAGACGAAGGAGCACCUGCAACAGAUCCCGACCGUGAAGUGGGUGAACACGGUGCUACGGCACAUCCCUUUGUGAUUGCAAUAAACGAUGGUGCUCAAGCUUUCCCUUUCGCUAUUAACGUACCAGAGAAAGGGGCAGCUGCAGCAAAUCUCUCCCAUGAAGUGGGUAAGCACGGUGCUGCUGCACAUCCCUUUGUGGUUGCAAUUGACGAUGGUGCUACAGCUUUCCCUCUCGGAAUCAAAGUAGAAGAAGAAGGUUGCGCAGCAUACCCUUUUGAGAGUGAUAAGAAAGAUAUGGAUGCCCAAGCGUACCCUUUGGAGAGUGAUACUUUACCAUACCUUAGCGAGAACGAGGAAGAAGAUGUUGAUGACUCCGAGUGCCCUCUUGCGAUUGAGGAAGAAGAAAUUGAUCCUUUACCAUCCUCCCUGGUGAUGGACGAAGACGGUCUAGCUGCUUCAGCAUGUCCCCUUGUGACUGACGAAGAAAAUUCUGAUUCUUUAGCAUGCCCCCUUGUGGUUGAGGAAGAAGAUUCCAAUAACUCAGCAUGCUCCCCUGUACUUGGGGAAGAAGAUUUGGAAGCCACAGAAUGCCUUUCUGUUACUGAAAAAGAAGAUCCUACCUCUUUCGCACGCUCCGCAAAUGAGGCGAACAAACCCGAUGCCUCACCAUUCCCUUGUGUGAUCGAAGAGGAAGAUCUUGAUUCUUUAGAAUACAAUCCUCUGAUCGAAAAAGAAGGCCUCAGUGAUUUCGUCUUCCCUCCAGAAAUUCAAACUAAUGACGAAGAAGGUGUAACAAGUGAACCUGAAAAUACCGUUGGUUAUGAAGGUGCUGUAGCAGUUCAAUCUGAAAAGGAGGCAGUAGAAGAAGAACCUAAGACUUGCCAACUAGAGUACACGAAGGAUGAACAAGACGAUCUUGGAAACUAUAUGGACGACCAAAGUGAUGCUGUAGACCUUUUUGACGGAGACGCUGGCGUACAAGAGUAUGAUGGUAAUCAACUUACUGCUGCGGAUAUAGACGAAACUGGAAGUGACGAAGACGAGGAGUCAUCUGAAGCAACUCCUCUUGUGCAGGACUGAGGCUUAAUAGCAGAAUUGCUGAACCUCUAAGGUUGUAGUCUUAUAACACUCUGUGGUAAUUUGUAGUUUAUAUUUCGAGAAUUUCAGCCUCAAUAUUUCAUAGUUUUUGAUUUUAAGACGUAGGUUUUUUCGUACUUUUACUUUAGUAAUGCUUUGGUAGUGAUGAUAACCAUUUUCAUAGUUUAUAAAUGGAGGUUAAGUGGAAUUUCCUUCAAAGAAAAAACUUGUUUAUUUACUUCACUUUUGCAUUUCUUAGUUUACCGUUUAUUCACUUGGUGCACUUGUCAGUGCUUUGUUGAUGUUAUUGACUGUAGGCUGAUAGAGACAAAAAAAAAAAAAAAAAAAAAAAAAGAAAUUGCUGUUAAGAUAAUUUUUAUAACUGAUCAAGUCAGAAAUGCUGCGUAAGUUUGUGAGUGUUGU